GCAAUCCUGUUACCAAGCUUUUCGGGAAAUAACACGUUCUUGUUGUGUAAAUCUCCAUCUGAAGAGCAGCUGGAAGAGUUUUGGUCUCUUGUUGAGGAGCAGCACGUGAUCACCGUCAUUAUGCUAACCUCUACUUUCAGUCGAGCACGUCAGACAUGUGUGUACAUGGGCGGAAAUGGAGAUGGGAAAGUUGGAAGAUAUUCCGUUAACUUCAUACACGAACGGAAAAACAAAACGUUCAAUGAAAGGAGCUUUUCGUUUCGGGACGACAACAAUGAGGACGAAGAUUAUCUAACAACAGUAAAACAGUUUCAAUUCACCGCUUGGACUGAAAACGAAACACUACCACCAAUGCAUAACAUGUUAGAAUGCCUCGAUGCUGUCAGAAAGUGGCAGCCACACCUAGCCGAAAACAGACCCGUUUUGAUUCACUGCGAGACGGGGCAUGAACGAAGUGGAUUGAUCGCAGUACUUCUAAAUGAGCUCCAUCGCAUGGAAAAGACACGAGGUCAGAUAAACAUCGUGGAGUCUGUAAAGACAAUGAAACAGAGAAACAGGGAGAUACUACCCAAUACUGUCCAGUAUAAAUUCAUUUACGAUUCGCUUUUGGAGCAUGUCCAGAACUCAACUGAAUAUGAGAACAUCAAAAGUGCUUAA